AUGGCAGAACCCGGUGGUGGAGGCGGCAAUGGCGGUGACAGAGGCGGUGGUGACGAGGUUCGGCAAAGGGGCGAACCCGAGAGCCCUCAAAUCGACGAUCAAACGCUAGGCGAAGCCCCGUCGGCGAUCAGUGCUGAGGCUUCUGGGGGUUUGAGCGGUGGCGAUGGCCAUGCAGCGGAGGUUGGCGGUGGCGAUGAGGGGCAUACGCCAGGCGGGAUACGGCGUACGCCAGGCUCUGUUGUGAUGGUGGGUCCACUGGUUCGUCGAUUGGAUCCAAGCAGUGGGGUAGAGGGUGUGGUGAUUACCAGUUUGGGCUCGGCUGGAGCCGGCGGCAGCGGUAGCGGCAGUGGUGAUGAUGGUGAUCGGCCGGAGACACCGGUGAGAGAUCCGGCAAGGGGCAAGGGCCCGGUGGUUGAAGAGGGAGCAUCCGGAGAGGUACCCGUGGGAGAGGUGGAGUUCAGGUCUGCAGUAGGGUCUUCGGCACACGUACCCAUCACUCAAGGAGAUUUUGCCGAGUUUGUGUCCGAGGAAGAACUCGGUCGGUUGCUCCGGGAGAACCCUGGGGUGGUGGCUGCAGUGCUGGCAGCACGAGAGGAUAGGGCCCGAGGGGGGCAGCCAGCACUCGGGGCCACGGAGGUCCAGCAAGCUCGCUUGAGUUCUGUGGGCCUAUGA